AUUCAAACUUUUUGAAGCGUCUUAAUCUUUGUUUGCCAACUAUCUCACAUGAGCUGACAUCACUCAUUGUCAUUUUGGUCUUAAUAUUCCAUUGUAUUUCUAUGUUUUUAAAUAACUUUUCCGAUUCUUGCUGUAUUUUUCGUUCCUUUGCCAUUUUUGUGUCCCACUGUGUUGCAUUCAGGAUCAAAUUUGGAUUUGGAUGGAUUUCAGACAGACGCUCUUGACUUGUCGAACAAAUUAGCUACAUCCGUGUGGAUAGCGCUUCCAAGAUUAAGUAAAGAAAUCCAAUUGUGCUCAUCAUUCUUGACUCUCCCAGACCAAUUGUCACUAUUUAACAGACCUGGUUAAGCUUCAGCAUGCUGGUCUGUGAGUGCAAAUAAAGGACCACUAUGCACUAGAACAUUGAAAAGAAGGUUUACGGUGGGGAAAAACAAACAGUGACCCAUUAGCUGUACCGAAGUGCCUGUGGUAUGAGCUAUUCAGGAGAGGGGCUACUCGGCCAUGCAGAUGUGAUGCCAGAGUUGGACUUUAUAUGGGAGCAGAACGUUGCUAAAUGUGCCACAUUAGUAUAACACUUUGUUUCUCUUUUCAGACUGUGUCCGAGAAACAAGGACUCAGUGUCACUGACACGAUGAGCCAAACAGAUAAACAGUGCCGAGGACAGGGACAGUUCAGUUGUUUUCAUCGCUCCCAGUGGCCACUAUGGGGAGAUGCAAAUUGCCCAUGAGCAAAUUUACAUUGAGUUUAGUUUUACGGCACCUUUAGGUGAGGUCGGCCAAGCGUACACACGCUGUUUUACAGCAAGGCCCUGUUAACGUCCUUGUGGAACAGCUAAAACAAAAACAACAAGGACAGACACGGGUAUUACAGGGAUGUGAAUUCGAGAUCAUUAUGACAUGGACUCAAGAUGACUCAAAUUACUUUUACCCUGCUCAUUUGAUAUUCUUUCAGUUUAGUUUUGUUUCAGCCUGGCUGUCAUUAUAUCACUGUUUGAAAGUGACGGCGAGGUGAUCUUUUUUGAGUAGGAAUUAAGGAAUAAAUAAGAUAAAAUCAAAGUUGACAAAUACAUUUAAUACAAUUCAAAUCGAUUUAGACUUGAUUGAGACUUGCACCAAAUGACUCGAGUCACCCGCCUGGUCAAUAAAUAUUGCAAAGCGACGAGGGAUAGAGGUGUUUUGAUUCUUUGCAAAUAUUUUGGUUUUCAUCAGACCGCACAGCAAAAGGCUUUUUUUUUCUCUUUUUUUUUUGCUGGAUGAUUUCUGGUUCAAGGCUGGGUCAUCAGCCAACCACUGUAGCAGGCUAAGCACAAGAAAGGAGGGGCAAGGACGAGUCAUGGCAAUUCACCAACAAGGCCUUGGUAAUUCAAUAAGUGCCAGUAGUUAUCGCUCCUCUUAGACAGGGAAGGCCGACCACCCAUCCUGUGGAUUGCAGUGGUGAGUGUUGUGUGCUCAUCACGAGUGAAACACCAGAGAGUGAAAAAGUGAGUGGGAGCCAGCAGCAUUUGAUGUCCUAAUAAUCUAGAUCAGAGAGGAAAUCGACUUCCAUUAUGCACUUUUUUCAUUAAAGGGUCACUCCACCCAAUUUUGCACAUUAAAGCGUGUCUACAGGUCUUGGGGAGCACUACAGAACAGGACAAUGCCCAAAACGGAUACCAACUUGAAUACUGAAUAAGAAUGGGUAAAAAUGAAUGAAUAAGUUAUUAAAUCGAGGACUUAGUCAUGCCCUUUAUGUAAGAGGAAUAUUUUUUAAACCAGUGAGGCGUCAUGGACUUAUUGUCAAACAAUUCUCACAUUGUUGGUGCCCUUCACUGAAACUUGUUCAGAGGAUGAUAGCCGAUCUUUACCACAUUGUCUAUUUGAAGAUUUUUGUGUGUUUUCCCCUGAUAAAAUAUCAAUUCUUCUGAUCCAAUAAUCCACUCACACAGCAAGUAUUGAUUUAUAUGAAGACGCUGAGGGACUGACUGAUAGUGCAAGUGCCAGGUCCUCCUGCCAACUUUUGACUCUAUCUGUCACAUAUUUACUCGACAUCUGCAACUUCAAUGUUUUAUAAUUCCCUCCCCUUUCAGAGAGGACAAAGACUAAAGAUAAUCACAUAAUCCCCAAAGUCAAACCCUGUUUUAUGGCGCCUCAGCUGAUAGUUUAAGUCAGCACAUGUCAGCCGAGGAUCUUACUGUUGAGUAGACAGGCACACGGAGACGUUCACCGAGCUGUUUGGUGGAAAUCAUUGGGUUGACGGAGAAAUUCAAAUUCAAUCCAAAAGAGGGCAUAGACAACCCAGUGAUGGUCAUCACAGACGACGCAGACUCUGUGUCAACGCCCAGCCCGCGUCUGUGUGUUCUCAAGCGAGAGGAGGGGGAGUCCUACGGCUUCCAUCUGCGGGUGGAGAAAGGACGCCAGGGUCACAUCAUCAGAAAUGUGGUGUCAGGAGGGGUGGCGAGCCGCAGCGGCCUUCAAGAUGGAGACAGGCUUCUGGAGGUCAACAACAGCUAUGUUGAUGAUGUUCCUCACCCCGAGGUGGCGAGGAAGAUAAAGCUAAGCGGACACCAGCUAUGUUUGUUGGUGCUGAAUGGGGAGGAGUACGAGCGGGCUCUGUCCAGAGGUCAAGACCUCCGCGAUCUCACCAGGGCGCAGAAGGGCGAGGGCUGCAAACCGCCCAGAUUCUGCCACAUCACCAGGGAUCCCAUCUCAGGUCUGGGCAUCAACUUCACACCCGUGGAAGGAGAGAAAGGUCGCUUCUCUGUGAACCUGGUUGCAGGAGGUGCAGCUGAAAAGGCGGGGGUGCGCAAGGGAGAUCGCCUGGUGUGGAUGGACGGCGCAACAGUGUCUGAUCUGACACACUCGGCGCUCAGCAGGAUGAUGAAAAAAUGUGGCAGUUCCAUCACCAUCCUAGUGACUGACAGCGAGAGCGAGCAGAACUACAUCCGACAGCGAAUCCCAAUCCUGCCCACCAUCGCUGUUCCGCAUAACCUGCCUUACAGAGCCCGGAAACUCCACCUGGUCAGUGGAUCCGAGGGCUACGGCUUCCUCCUUCGGCUGGAGAAGGCGCCCUCGGGACGCAACUUUCAUGUCCUGCGCGAGAUGCACAGUGGCAGUCCAGCAGAGAGGGCAGGUAUGAAGGAUGGAGAUCUGCUGCUCGAGGUCAACGGAGAGUCAGUGGAGUCGCUGAAGCAUGAGGAGAUUGUGGACAGAGUGAGACUAAGUGGACAGCAGGUGUCCCUCACCACCAUCACUCUGCAGGGACUGGAGUUUUACACUAAGUUGGGUCUAUCACCUCUUCUCUUCUGUGAGGACGAUGCUGAUGAGAGAGUAAAGGAGAGCAGCACACCAGCUGCUGCGGCAGAGCCAUCACCGCAAGAGGAAACGGAUGCCACCUGUAAACCCAGACUCUGUUCUCUCCGAAAAGGCCCUCUGGGGUUUGGCUUUAACCUGGGCUGCGUCCCACACACUCCUGGGACCUUCAUCAGCCAGGUGGCUUUUGGGGGUGCAGGGCAGAGUGCAGGAUUACGCAUGGGUGACGUGGUGAUGGAAGUCAAUGGACAAAAUGUGGAGGAGAAAUAUCUGGAAGAUGUGAUUAUGCUUGUGAAGGACGGAGGACAUUUUCUUUCCUUACAAGUCAUGGACAAGGCUGACUACAACAAGCUGAAGAAGACUGACACACUGACUAGAAAUAACACUGACAGUGAGCAGGAGGAUGAGAAUUAUGAGAUAUCAUGUUUGUGAGUGACAAAAACACGCCGACUAAGGAGACUUCGAACCGACUGAAGAAGAAAAACAUUUCAUUGGCCGAGACUGACUUAGUCUGAUCCCAGAGGACUCCGUAACAGGUACAACAAGCUUAAUGUUGUGACUUGUACAGACCACAAAGAAAUGUUGUAAGGUGUAUUUGUGUACGAUGUGAAAUUGUCUUUUCGUUCAGUAUUAAACUUUCAGAAUGUAGAACAUUUAAUCUAAUUGCCACACAAUGUCAGUCAAAUAAAAUACAGAAUACAGGCUGUGUGGAUGAAGAAACUGGUGAUGGCCUUUUUAAUGUUAUAUGAAAAGUGUUGAUUUUUUUUGUUUUUGGGUGGGAUCGGAGUGUUUUAUGUGUGUUUUAUGUACAACACAUUACAUAUAAAAUGUUUGUCCUUGCCAAGAGCAUAUGUUUAUUGAAAAUGGAACUGACAGCAAAUAUUGUAGUUGUGAAAAUAAAAAAGUUCUAAUGGUAUAA